AUGAAGAAAACUACAUUCUUCACAUUUUUUGCAGUAUUAAGUGCACUGUUAAUAUCUAUUCCUAUUGCAAUAGUACUCGCCGAUGAAAAACCAGAUUUAGGCACAGUUAUUGGUAUCGAUUUGGGUACAACUUAUUCAUGUGUCGGUGUACAAGAAAACGGACGAGUCGAAAUUUUGGCCAAUGACCAAGGUAACCGUAUAACUCCUUCCUAUGUCGCAUUUACCGACGACGAACGUCUGGUAGGAGAUGCCGCAAAAAAUCAAGCCGCAAAUAAUCCAGAAAAUACAAUUUUUGAUGCCAAACGAUUGAUCGGUCGUCGAUUUUCUGAUAAAGAAGUUCAGAAUGACAUGAAACAUUUUCCAUUUAAAGUCAUUGAUAAAGAUGGUAAACCUGCCAUUCAAGUUCUAGUGAAAGGAGAAGCAAAGAUAUUUACCCCCGAAGAAAUUUCCGCCAUGGUUCUUGGUAAAAUGAAAGAGAUCGCGGAAUCUUAUUUAGGAAAAAAAGUCACUCACGCUGUUGUAACAGUUCCAGCUUACUUUAAUGACGCUCAACGUCAAGCGACAAAGGAUGCCGGGGUUAUCGCUGGUCUUAAUGUACUUCGUAUUGUAAACGAACCAACAGCUGCCGCAAUUGCGUAUGGCCUUGAUAGAACUGAUGGUGAACGACAAAUUCUUGUAUAUGAUCUUGGUGGUGGUACCUUUGAUGUUUCUUUACUUUCCAUCGAUGAUGGAGUCUUUGAAGUACUUGCAACUGCAGGUGAUACUCACUUGGGUGGUGAAGAUUUCGACAAUCGUGUCAUCGAUCAUUUCCUUAAAUUAUAUAAGAAGAAGAACAAGGUUGACGCCUCCAAAGACUUAAAAGCCGUGGGUAAACUUAAGCGCGAAGUUGAAAAGGCCAAGCGUACAUUGUCAUCACAAAUGUCUACUCGUAUUGAUAUUGAAUCAUUCUUUGAUGGAAAAGAUUUUUCAGAAACCUUGACACGUGCAAAAUUUGAAGAACUUAAUAAUGAUUUAUUCCGAAAAACCUUAAAACCUGUUGAACAAGUUUUAAAAGAUGCCAAUGUUAAUAAAGGAGAAGUACAUGAUAUUGUUCUUGUUGGUGGUUCCACUCGUAUCCCCAAAGUAGUACAACUUCUUGAAGAUUUCUUCAAUGGUAAAAAGGCAUCAAAGAAUAUUAAUCCCGAUGAAGCAGUUGCUUAUGGUGCAGCUGUUCAAGCUGGUAUUCUUUCCGGUAAUGAUAAAAACCUUAAUGAAAUUCUGUUGGUCGAUGUUUGCCCUCUUACUCUUGGUAUAGAAACAACUGGAGGAGUUAUGACCAAAUUGAUUUCUCGUAAUACUGUUAUACCAACAAAGAAAUCACAAAUUUUCUCCACUGCAGCUGAUAAUCAGCCUACAGUAUUGAUUCAAGUAUAUGAAGGUGAAAGAUCUUUGACAAAAGAUAACAAUUUACUUGGAAAGUUUGAAUUAACAGGAAUUCCUCCAGCACCACGUGGAGUACCUCAAAUCGAAGUUACAUUUGAAAUUGAUGCAAAUGGUAUUAUGAAAGUGUCUGCAUCAGAUAAAGGUACAGGUAAAUCUGAGUCAAUCACCAUCACUAAUGAUAAAGGACGUCUCUCGAAAGAAGAAAUUGAUCGUAUGGUUGAAGAAGCAGAAAAAUUCGCUGAAGAAGAUAAGAUUCAAAAAGAACGUAUUGAAGCAAAAAAUAAUCUUGAAAACUAUAUUUACACAAUUAAAAAUCAAAUUACGGAUGAUGGUGAACUUGGCAAAAAACUUAGUGAUGAAGACAAAACAACAAUCAAAGAAGCAAUUAAGAAAUCUUUGGAUUGGUUUGAUGAAUAUUCAAAUACAGCUACAAAAGAAGAUUUUGAUGAGAAAAAGGAAGAAUUACAAGCAAUUGUUAAUCCAAUUACGUCCAAGUUAUAUGGAGAACCUCCACCACCAUCAGAUAAGUCAGAGGAGCCAGCACCUCAUGACGAAUUGUAA